UAACGACACAGGGGACUAAAAGGUAAUUUUAAAACUUCUAAGUCACGCAGAUUGUGAAUUGAGGGUACAAUUUUGCAUCGCGCCAUCGCGGAAUGAACUCAGAACGUCGCGGUCUCGAAGGUGAGAGAAGCUAUGGAAAACGGCGCGAAAGGAGUGGGAGGAGAGCAGAAGAAGGUGGUCGAGAGGGUAUGCAAGCGAUGCAAGCAAACUUAUGAACCUUUCUCCAAUAAUUCCCUUUCUUGCAGGUUUCAUCCUUCAUUCUUCGUUUGUCGAAGACAUGACGAUCAGAAAAGGUAUUACGAACUUGGACCUGAUGAUCCUCCCUAUGCUGCCAAGUUCUAUGAUUGCUGUGGUGCAGAGGACCCUAAUGCACUUGGCUGCACUACGGACUUCCAUGUCUCCUAUGAUGAUUAAUUACUUCUCUUUUAUCACCAUGAUCUUCGUUGUAUAUUAUACCUAUAUAGUUUGUAUCUUCCAUGACUUGUUAUAGAGGGUAUUUUACCCUCUCAUUGGUCCUUAAAUUUCAUUAAUACAUCGGUGUAUAUUGUACCAGUCAAGAUCUAUCUUCCAAUGUUUUAUACAUUAUUAAGAUGUUACAUCUGAAUCAGGUGUGUUCAAUUUUUGUUCUGACAGUUCUCUUUAAUCUUGAGGCUUUUAUGACCAUGUCCAUUUUUCUUGAGCCUAUCUGUUUGAUAGUUGUAUUCAUUUGAUUCAGAAUCUCAGAUGUUAUUGUGGCUUAAUCCCCUACUCGUGGGCACUGGUUGGAUGCUCUGGAUAGAGACAUGCCUUAUGAGCACAGGUGAUUUGGCCCAGCUCACCGUUCUUUGGAAUUGAUCUAAAUGCUGAAGCACCUCCAGAGCUGAGUAUGUUGAAGCCCUGUGGAACUGCCAGAUAUCAGAACGACAAGUGUGCGUGAGAUGGUGGAAGCUUGGAAGGUGGAUUCAUGGUUUCUGCCUGCGUGAUGAGUCCUCGAAUGAUCUCUUUGGAAGAUCUUGCAAUGGCCAAAGAGGGGGAGGUUUUUGGGGCGCUUGACCAUGGAGCCAUCCAUGAGGUCUUGCGCGUCCAGAUCUCAGUUCCUGCCCAUACACACUUCUGAUGGACUUUUAAAGCCUGCAGAUGUUGGGAAGAUGGAUACUGUAAUGCUCUUUAUGCACAUGUAAAUAUUAUUAGUGCCGUGUAUAGAUGUAUGUCGGUAUUUAUUCUUUCAAACAUAUGUAUAGGUGUUGUAUGCGGCAGCCAUAGAAUGUAUCUUUCAGCUUGUAUAAAAGCUACUUGCAAUCCAUUGAUUUAAUGUCAGGAAUAUGAAGUGCUAAGGAUUGAUUAGAA